CACAACAUGGAGAUGACAGCACUGUGCAUGGUGGUCGCGUCUCUGAGAGUCGUUCCCAACAGAUCUCAGUUCUUUCCUUACGAGUCUGUCUCUCUGAGCUGUGAGGAGCAGGGAAGCUCCUCUGGAUGGAGAGUUAUGAGGAACACUACAACCACGAUGGACAGCCCAGAUGGUCUGACAGAGUUUGGAAUAGGAAAUGAAUCCCAUCGUUUCUUUGAUGAUCUGUAUCCAUUGGACAGCGGAGUGUACUGGUGUGAGUCUGGAUCAGGACGGUGCAGCGAUGCCAUCAACAUCACUGUGACCGAUGGCUCUGUGAUCCUGGAGAGUCCUGGACUUCCUGUGAUGGAGGGAAGUGAUGUGACUCUGCGCUGCAGGAACAAGAGGACUCCCUCCAACCUCACAGCUGAUUUCUAUAAAGAUGGCGUCCUCAUCAGGAGCAGCUCCACAGGAGAGAUGACCAUCCACAGUGUCUCCAAGUCUGAUGAAGGUUUCUACAAGUGCAGCAUCUCAGACUCUGAAGAAUCAAAAGAGAGCUGGCUGGCUGUCAGAGCUUUGGUAGAUCCAGAUGCAGGUCCGACUCCAGCUGCCGUCAUGUCUGUCCUCAGAGUGAUGCUUCAUGUUGUGGUGGGAACUCCUUACCUGCUGUCCACCAUCAUCCUGGGACUCAUCUACAGAGACAGGAAUAGAGCAGCUCAGCGUGAAGAACAGGGUGGACGCCAUGUUGUUGACAUGGCGGUGGAAUAGAUGACAAAACAACAACAACAAUAACAACAACAACGACAACAAGGACACACCGGCUGAUUCAGUUUUCCACUCAUGUAAUUAAAUAUUUCUCAUGUUUGUGUUACGUGUCAUGUUCAUAUUGCCUAUUUCUAUUCUGCAUUUUAAUUUUCUAGGUGUCCCAUUUCAUUUAACUGGGUGUUAAAUGUUGUGUUGUGCUUUAGGCAACAGUGUGUUUCAAAAAAAAAAAAAAAAAAAAAAUUAACGAGGUCUGACAAAAUAACACAACACAGAGUAAAGCGCCAAGGUUUUUUUUU